AUGUAUGUAGUAAAUUUAGCCAGUACGGAGCUAAUCAUGUGCCUUGUUAACUUCCCCAUGUUGAUAUGGGCAUGUCUAAAUGGUUCCUGGCCUUUAAAUAAUAUAUCGUGCUGUUUCGAUUACUUGUCACGUGAUACGGCCAACAUCGCUUUUAUUAUUUGUUUGUUCAUAUUUUGUUUCGUUAUACAGUUCAUUAUUAUCAUGUACUGUUAUAGCAGCAUGCUGGUGUUUAUUUGUCGACACGAGAGAAUGUUUAUUAGCAGCCAUUUUAUGAAAGCUGAUCGAGCAUCGAGGAAGAAACUGAAAUUAGAACUCAAAGUAACGAGACUCGUUUUAAUCGUUAUUAGCAGUUUUUGUUUAUCGUGGUUACCAUUCUCAGUAAUUGCCUUAAUAGGAGCCUUUGGGAACACAGCCUUGGUAACACCUUUAACUUCGAUUUUACCGGGCGUUUUAGCGAAGACUUCCACAGCCGUUAAUCCAAUCCUGUAUGCUAUGAGUCACCCCAAAUUUCAAAUGAGUUUGUGCUCUUCCUGUCCAUCAAGUUUUUCCAGACGCAACAUGGCACUGUCUAAUAUAUAUCAUGCAACACUGUGUAAAACUGGUGAACAUUUUGGAAAUCAUCCAUUGAAAUUGUAAUCAACAUACACGACAUGUCUGGUUGUUUAUGCCUGUUUA